CCUUCCCAAUACGACAAGAGAGAAAAAAAAAAUACCCUGUGCGGAGUCAAACUUACACAAAUCAGUGCCUGUCUCACUUGUUAUCAGGAACCAGGAUUCCUUCGUCGCGAGUGUUCCCGCACAGGGCUCCUCCGCAUUGCAUCAAAGGCAGGCCAAGAUGCAGAUAUCAAAAACAGAGCAAUCCCGCUAAGGACGUGGCUUUUACCAUCGCUCACCCAGGCACGCUCCCUAUUAAGGCUCGUAUUACUACAGCUGAGCUAUAGGCCCACCAUUACAAACCAAGCAUAUUUGGUUACAGCGCUGUUGUUCAUUCGUCCCCCUCACGAGUCCAGGUGACUCGACUAUUGGCACGGUUCACAACAGCUUGACAGUUUCACGCUUGACCGCGAAGGAGCCGCGAUGGCCUACGCCGCUACUUCGUCGUCAACCAUGAAUGGCGACUCCCACGCCAAUUUAAAGCUCACUACUUCCCUCCCUCAACCCCCCAAGUUGCAUCAUGUCAUAACUUCUCUCCCUCCCGCUCCCAAUCCCUCCUCCGCCCCCGCAUACGACGCCGCCUCUUACUUCUCGACGUCCAAUACUCUCCACCCGACUUCCCUUCCCUCGAAUGUUUCGAGCUCCUCGAGUACCCCCUUACAACCUGCCUCAGAGGGACUCCGUGGUCGCAUAUCUUCUUUCAAUUCCAUUCCUCCUACUCCGCUCGAGCUCGGCGAGACUGUGAUGGCAGUCCCGGGAAAUGCCUGUGCGUCCGGCUCGGGGGACCCCAUCAUCCCAAACCCAAACAAGGGUCCGGGGUUGAUGCGCAGGAUAUCCCGCGGUGCGGCCAACAAGCUGACCCGGCGGCGGCAGUCGGCCUCGCAGAACGACAAGCGGGACUGCAGCUCUGGCCCCGUCAUUAUGCGCCGACGGAGCGACAGCAAGACGGGGGUGCAACAUCCCGCCGCGCGGGACAAUGCCCUGGACUCCAGCAAUGAGGAGGACAGCAACGAUGCCCUGGACGCGCUGGGUGUCUGGUGCGGCUCGGAGGCCUCCAGCUUACCGAGUGAUAACCCGAUGGCCAUGUCGCGCAACUCGGGUGCCGUUGCCCCCAAGGUCGAUUCAGCCAUCCAGCGCGGAACCAUCCUCACCAAGGUGACGAAGAAGCGAAGAAAGCAAGUGCGAUUCUUCCUCGAUCUCGACGCGGGCAAGGUGUAUUGGGAUGUGUCGAACCCGGCCAAGCGGUUCUACAUCGAUGACAUUAAGGAAAUCCGCGUUGGCGCGGACGCACGCAAUUACCGCGAGGAGCACCAGGUCCCGCAAGACGCGGAGCGGCGCUGGUUCACGGUCGUGAUUGCCGACGCCGAGCGGGCCAAGGGUCGCGCCUUUAAGAUCCUCCAUCUCAUCGCCCCCAACGACCGCAUCCUCGAUCUGUGGACCACGACCCUCGAGGACAUCUCCCGGUAUAGAAUUGGCCUCAUGGCUGGCUUGGCUGGUUCCGGUCAGAGUGAAGCCGUUCUCAAAGCCCACUGGCAAAGGGAGAUGUCCCGACUGUUCCCGCUGGGGCUCCGGCCCGGGGAGCAGGAACGGCUCGAUUUCAACGCGGUCGAGAGCGUCUGUCGGAGUUUACACAUUAAUUGCUCCAAGAACAUGCUCCGUGCGCAAUUUUCCAAGGCUGAUCUCGGCAGCAAGGGCAAACUCAACUUUGCGGAGUUUGUUGAUUUUGUCGCUCGCCUGAAGGAGCGGAAAGACGUGAAAGAAAUUCUGAAGGCCACUGCCGCCGAGCCCAAGGCGGGUCUCACCCUCGAUGAGUUUCUGAAUUUUCUGCGCGACGUGCAGAAGGAGGACGUCGUCAGUGAUCGAAAUUAUUGGGUUUCCGUCUUCGACCGGUUCGUUCGGAAGUCCAGGUCCCGGGGGCAGGUUACCCCGGAACCCGGAGCCGGCGAGAACGUCUCGCGCAUGGGCCUCGAGGCGCUCACCUCAUUUCUGACCUCGUCCUGGAACGGAGUCUACGCUUCUCGCGCUCCCCAGUCGCGGUUCGAUCGACCCUUGAACGAGUAUUUUAUAUCCAGUUCCCACAACACGUACCUCUUGGGACGCCAGGUGGCCGGUGCCUCCAGUACCGAGGCGUACAUCAGCGCCCUGUCCCAAGGAUGCCGUUGCGUCGAGAUUGACUGCUGGGAUGGUGCGGACGGCCGACCGAUCGUCUCCCAUGGCCGGACCAUGACCACCAGCGUUUUGUUUGCCGACUGCAUCACCGUCAUCAACCGUUACGCCUUCAUCACCACCGAUUUUCCCCUGAUUCUCUCCCUGGAGGUGCACUGCAAUCCCGAGCAGCAGCUGGCGAUGGUGAAAAUCAUGAAAGACGCGUUCAAGGACCAAUUAAUCUUAGAGCCGCUGCUGACCAACGCCUUCGUUCUUCCGUCUCCCGAAGAGCUGAAGGGCCGCAUCCUGGUCAAAGUGAAGACCUGCGACGAGAUGCAGCAUGAGUCGGCAUCGAAUCCAGGCACUGCCACGCACGGUCGCAAGCGCAGCGCCAGUUCCCCGUUCCUGCGCCCAUCGAUGAUGGAAAGCGCGACUGUCGCCGGUCUCCCGUCUCUAUCCAGCCCCCCGACGCUCGGUUUCGAUAAUGUGAGCUCGUUCCUCACACAGGACCGGCGGUCGGUCACCACGGCGAGUAUGAGUAGCGCUACGGAAGACAGCGACGGAGCGCUGGUGUCCGCCAAGAAGGAGCGGCGCAAACGGCAGAAGAGCAAGAUCACCAAGCCGCUGUCGGAUCUGGGCGUCUAUACCCGAGGAUACAAGUGGCACAGCUUCGCGUCCGCCGAGUCUCAGCGGUAUAACCAUGUGUACUCUUUCGCGGAGCGGUCGUUCGAGGGAAUCUGCCGGGACACCGAGAACAAAUUCCAGCUGGAGAAGCACAAUCGUAAAUACCUCACGCGCGUAUAUCCUUCUGGCUUCCGCCUGCGUUCGUCCAACUUCGACCCCUUGAAGUUCUGGCGCCGUGGCGUCCAGAUGGCGGCACUGAACUGGCAAACGUACGAUGUCGGCAUGCAGUUGAACCAGGCCAUGUUCGCCGCCGGCAGCGAUCGCACCGGUUACGUGCUCAAGCCCGAGUCUCUUCGCUCUCCCACUUCGUUUGACGAGCAGAGGAGGAAGAUUACGGAACGGAAGCUUGUGCGAUUCUCGGUCGACGUGAUUUCCGCGCAGCAGCUGCCGCGUCCUCGCAGCAUCGGCCUGGAUGACAGUAUCAAUCCCUACGUCGAGAUUGAGAUGUUCAGCGCUGAUGACCGCGGCCAAAGCUUCGUGUUCGGCGAGGGCGGCAUGGACGCAUCCGCGCGCAACGGCAUGUCCGGCAUUGGUUUUCCGCAUCGUCGCCGCACCAAGAUCGAGCAGAGCAACGGGUACAGCCCGAUCUUCAAUGAUCGCUUUAGGCUGUCUCUGGAGACCAAAUAUCCCGAUCUGGUUUUCGUCCGGUGGACAGUCUGGAGUUCUCUGGACGGGCGCAGCACCGGGAACAACGGCAGUGUUCAGCUGGCUACGUUUACCGCGAAACUGAGCAGCCUUUCCCAGGGCUACCGGUACCUGCCCUUGUUCGACGCCGGCGGUGACCAGUACCUCUUUUCCACGCUCUUCUGCAAAAUCACCAAGGAGACCCCUAUCUCCGUGCAUCGACUUGACGCAGAGGAACUUCGGGCUGAGCGCAUGGGCAUUCUCCGAACGAUCGGCCAGACCGUCUUCAAGCGCACCUCUUCGACAGAGAGAGAAAAGGAGAGCAGCGAGACGCCUCCAAGCCCUGAGGGGAACACGUCUCCGGCUCUGACGCCCACCGUUUCCACCACAUCGACUGCGUCGUUGCCGCCUUAA